AUGACACAAGGAAAGAAGAGUUGUGUCGACAAAAUGAAUUCACUAGGACGAGCUGAUUUCCCCAAGGGUUUCAUGUUUGGAACUGCUUCAUCGGCUUAUCAAUAUGAAGGAGCUGUGAAUGAAGGCUCCCGAGGAGAAAGUGUGUGGGAUACCUUUUCUCGCAAGUAUCCAGAGAGAAAUUGUAACUCUAAUGCGGCCGAGACUGUCGAUUUCUAUCAUCGUUACAAGGAGGAUAUUCAAAGCAUGAAGGAUAUAAACAUGGAUGCUUUUAGAUUCUCUAUCUCCUGGGUCCGGAUAUUACCUGAUGGUAAACUAAGCAAGGGAGUGAACAAGGAAGGAAUCAGAUUCUACAAUGAGCUCAUUGAUGAACUACUAGCCAACGGAAUCACACCUCUCGCAACUUUGUUUCAUUGGGAUACUCCUCAAACUCUAGAAGAAGAAUAUGGCGGUUUUUUAAGUGAAAAUAUUGCAAAUGAUUUCCGUGAUUUCGCGAACAUAUGCUUUGAAGAAUUCGGAGACCGAGUGAAGCUAUGGUUGACGAUAAAUGAACCAUGGGUCUAUAGUGUAGGUGGUUACGAUGCGGGAAGAAAAGCACCAGGACGUGCCUCAAAGUACAUGAACGAUGCAGCCGUGGCUGGAAAGUCUGGUCAUGAGGUUUAUAUUGUUAGUCAUAAUCUACUCUUGGCUCAUGCGGAAGCUGUUGAAGCUUUCAGGAAUUGCCAUAAUUGUAAAGAUGGUAAGAUUGGUAUGGCGCACUGUCCUUUGUGGUACGAGCCAUAUGAUUUAACUUGUGACGAAGAUAUUGAAGCAGCCGAGCGAGCUAUGGAGUUUAUGUUUGGAUGGCACAUGAACCCUACGGUGUACGGAGACUACCCUGAAGUGAUGAAGAAAAUAGUAGGGAAGAGAUUACCGUCUUUUACCGAAAGCCAAUCAAGAAAGUUAAAAGGAUCUUUCGACUUUAUUGGAAUUAACUACUACAGUGCUGUUUACGCUAAAAACGUUGUUGACGUAGAUACAGAGAAGCCCUUUUGGAGAUCAGACCAACAUGUUGAAUGGAAAAAACAAAAUAAGGCUGGCAAGGCCAUCGGUGCACAGGGUGGAGUGGAGUGGAACUUGAUGUAUCCUCAAGGACUACGAAAAGUAUUGAAUUAUGCCAAAAUUAAAUACGGAAACCCUAAGUUUAUAAUCACCGAAAAUGGACACUGUGAUGCAUAUGAAAAAAAUAAAUCAAAACUCUACGAAAUGAUGGAUAUGAAGAGGACAGAUUACCACAAGAGACAUAUUAGCAACCUUCACCAAGCCAUAUACGAGGACGGGGUCCAAGUAGAUGGAUAUUUUGCAUGGUCAUUAAUGGAUAAUUGUGAAUGGAAUUGCGGAUAUGAAAUACGAUACGGAUUGUUCUACGUAGACUACGAAAAUGAUCUUCAACGUUAUCCCAAAAUGUCGGCCAUGUGGUUCAAGGAGUUCCUGAAGAUAAAAGAUGAAGAUGUGACGGAAAAAUCGCAAGCGAAAAGGAUUAAGAAAAGGGCUAAGAUUUCAGAAUUUUGA